AUGACUUUAAGCUACCAUGGCCUCCGCGCUAGCUUUCACACGCUCCUCUCUGUCCAUGACGAUGUCCUCCCUCCGCGUAGUCUCAAUAGGACGACUGUUCACUGCCCGCCCCUUGUUGGCCAACCGCCAUAUAACACUGCCGUCAAGACUGCACAUGUACAUUAGGCAAUUUUCUAUCUCGCCUGUCCGCACGACGGAAAUCCCGAACAAGUCCCAGGUUGACACGAUAAUGAAGGCCUUGCAAGGCUCGAAAGCGUGGAGCAAGGUCUCGGACAAUCAGAAGAUCCAACAAAUGUACGCAGAAACUGUGCAGGUCAUGAUAGAAGAAGGCAUGGGCGCGAAGCCUUCCCCGUUCAUGCUGCUAACAAACUCGAGGGUCAGGGAGCAAAUAAAGAAGAUAGCACAGGCACUCCAAGCAGCGGGGCUCGACGCGGAAAGCAUGAAGGAGCUCGCCGAGAUUGCUCAAAACGCCCUCAAAGAGGAAGAGAACAAGAGAUAA